CGGCCCGGAGCCCCCGAGCCGCGGCCCCCUCCCAGUGCAGGGGCCGGCGGCCGCGGCAGGGCGGGCGCCGCGCGGAGGCAGGGCGGGUGUAUUCAAUGGAAGUAUGUUACCAGCUGCCGGUACUGCCCCUGGACAGGCCGGUCCCCCAGCACGUCCUCAGCCGCCGAGGAGCCAUCAGCUUCAGCUCCAGCUCCGCACUCUUCGGCUGCCCCAAUCCCCGGCAGCUCUCUCAGAGGCGUGGAGCUAUUUCCUAUGACAGUUCUGAUCAGACUGCAUUAUACAUUCGUAUGCUAGGAGAUGUACGUGUAAGGAGCCGAGCAGGAUUUGAAUCAGAAAGAAGAGGUUCUCACCCAUAUAUUGAUUUUCGUAUUUUCCACUCUCAGUCUGAAAUUGAAGUGUCUGUCUCUGCAAGGAAUAUCAGAAGGCUACUAAGUUUCCAGCGAUAUCUUAGAUCUUCACGCUUUUUUCGUGGUACUACAGUUUCAAAUUCUCUAAACAUUUUAGAUGAUGAUUAUAAUGGACAAGCCAAGUGUAUGCUGGAAAAAGUUGGAAAUUGGAAUUUUGAUAUCUUUCUAUUUGAUAGACUAACAAAUGGAAAUAGUCUAGUAAGCUUAACCUUUCAUUUAUUUAGUCUUCAUGGAUUAAUUGAGUAUUUCCAUUUAGAUAUGAUGAAACUUCGCAGAUUUUUAGUUAUGAUUCAAGAAGAUUACCACAGUCAAAAUCCUUACCAUAACGCAGUCCACGCUGCGGAUGUUACUCAGGCCAUGCACUGUUACUUAAAGGAACCUAAGCUUGCCAAUUCUGUAACUCCUUGGGAUAUCUUGCUGAGCUUAAUUGCAGCUGCCACUCAUGAUCUGGAUCAUCCAGGUGUUAAUCAACCUUUCCUUAUUAAAACUAACCAUUACUUGGCAACUUUAUACAAGAAUACCUCAGUACUGGAAAAUCACCACUGGAGAUCUGCAGUGGGCUUAUUGAGAGAAUCAGGCUUAUUCUCACAUCUGCCAUUAGAAAGCAGGCAACAAAUGGAGACAGAGAUAGGUGCUCUGAUACUAGCAACAGACAUCAGUCGCCAGAAUGAGUAUCUGUCUUUGUUUAGGUCCCAUUUGGAUAGAGGUGAUUUAUGCCUAGAAGACACCAGACAUAGACAUUUGGUUUUACAGAUGGCUUUGAAAUGUGCUGAUAUUUGUAACCCAUGUCGGACCUGGGAAUUAAGCAAGCAGUGGAGUGAAAAAGUAACGGAGGAAUUCUUCCAUCAAGGAGAUAUAGAAAAAAAGUAUCAUUUGAGUGUGAGUCCACUUUGCGAUCGUCACACUGAAUCUAUUGCCAACAUCCAGAUUGGUUUUAUGACUUACCUAGUGGAGCCUUUAUUUACAGAAUGGGCCAGGUUUUCCAAUACAAGGCUAUCCCAGACAAUGCUUGGACAUGUGGGGCUGAAUAAAGCCAGCUGGAAGGGACUGCAGAGAGAACAGUCCAGCAGUGAGGACACUGAUGCUGCAUUUGAGUUGAACUCACAGUUAUUACCUCAGGAAAAUCGGUUAUCAUAACCCCCAGAACCAGUGGGACAAACUGCCUCCUGGAGGUUUUUAGAAAUGUGAAAUGGGGUCUUGAGGUGAGAGAACUUACUCUUGACUGCCAAGGUUUCCAAGUGAGUGAUGCCAGCCAGCAUUAUUUAUUUCCAAGAUUUCCUCUGUUGGAUCAUUUGAACCCACUUGUUAAUUGUAAGACCUGAACAUACAGCAAUAUGAAUUUGGCUUUCAUGUGGAACCUUGAAUAUGCAAAGCCCAGCAGGAGAGAAUCCGAAAGGAGUAACAAAGGAAGUUUUGAUAUGUGCCACGACUUUUUCAAAGCGUCUAAUCUUCAAAACGUGAAAGUUGAAUUGUUCAGCAACAAUCUCUUGGAAUUUAACCAGUCUGAUGCAACAAUGUGUAUCUUGUACCUUCCACUAAGUUCUCUCUGAGAAAAUGGAAAUGUGAAGUGCCCAGCCUCUGCUGCCUCUGGCAAGACAAUGUUUACAAAUCAACUCUGAAAAUAUUGGUUCUAAAUUGCCUUGGAGCAUGAUUGUGAAGGAACCACUCAAACAAAUUUAAAGAUCAAACUUUAGACUGCAGCUCUUUCCCCCUGGGUUGCCUUUUUUCUUCUUUGGAUGCCACCAAAGCCUCCCAUUUGCUAUAGUUUUAUUUCGUGCACUGGAAACUGAGAUUUAUCAUACAGUACCGCCAAGCUUUCACUCCAGUGCUGUUUGGCAAUGCGAUUUUUUUUUAACAAUUAGUUUUUAAUUUGGGGCGGGAGGGGAAGAACACCAAUGUCCUAGCUGUAUUAUGAUUCUGCAGUGAAGACAUUGCAUGUUGUUUUCACUACUGUACACUUGACCUGCACAUGCGAGAAAAAGGUGGAAUGUUUAAAACACCAUAAUCAGCUCAGGGUAUUUGCCAAUCUGAAAUAAAAGUGGGAUGGGGAAGUGUGUCCUUCAGAUCAAGGGUACUAAAGUCCCUUUCGCUGCAGUGAGUGAGAGGUAUGUUGUGUGUGAAUGUAUGGAUGUGUGUUUGUGUGCAUGUUUGUGCAUGUGUGACUGUGCAUGUUAUGUUUCUCCAUGUGGGAAGAGAUUUGAAAUGUAAGCUUUUAUUUAUUAUUUUAGAAUGUGACAUAAUGAGCAGCCACACUCGGGGGAGGGGAAGGUUGGUAGGUAAGCUGUAACAGAUUGCUCCAGUUGCCUUAAACUAUGCACAUAGCUAAGUGACCAAACUUCUUGUUUUGAUUUGAAAAAAGUGCAUUGUUUUCUUGUCCCUCCCUUUGAUGAAACGUUACCCUUUGACGGGCCUUUUGAUGUGAACAGAUGUUUUCUAGGACAAACUAUAAGGACUAAUUUUAAACUUCAAACAUUCCACUUUUGUAAUUUGUUUUAAAUUGUUUUAUGUAUAGUAAGCACAACUGUAAUCUAGUUUUAAGAGAAACCGGUGCUUUCUUUUAGUUCAUUUGUAUUUCCCUUGUUACUGUAAAAGACUGUUUAUUCAUUGUUUACAGUUUGUUGCAACAGCCAUUUUCUUGGGAGAAAGCUUGAGUGUAAAGCCAUUUGUAAAAGGCUUUGCCAUACUCAUUUUAAUAUGUGCCUGUUGCUGUUAACUUUUGAUGAAUAAAAACCUAUCUUUUCCUA